GGCCCCCCUCCGGUCGUCCCUCGGGCGCAAAGGGCAUUGGCGACCCGAGCUGCCUCCCUCCGCGGCUCGGGCAGGCCUACCACCCCAGAGGGGGGAAUGCCCCUUCCCCGCCCCCGGUGACAGUGUCACCGCUUCCGGCCUCGACGUGGGGCCCGCGCCAACUCCCUGGGCUCCACCGCUGUCCGCGAGUGCUGGGCCGCCCCGAACCUCAGUUUCCUCGCCUAUGAAAUGGAUGGGCGGCCGUAGCGGGUUCGAGAGGGUCCCCAAAGUGUAGCCCGGUGUUGUGAGCCAAGUUGGGGAAGGUACCUCGUUCCCGAGGCGGGCAGUGGCCACACUCCGCCAGGUUUCGGCGGCAAGUAGCCCUCAGAGAGGCAGUAUGCCUGCCCCUGCCCCCUCUGGUUGUGGCGGGGAUGAUGCCACCUUCCGGGGGGCUUGCCCCACGCAGGGCACCGAGGCUGGGGGGGAUGCUAUGGAAUACGAUGAGAAGCUGGCCCGGUUCCGGCAGGCUCACCUCAACCCCUUCAACAAGCAGCUUGGGCCACGGCAGCAUGAGCAGAGGGCGAGUGAAGGGGCCCCAGACUUCGCUUCUGAAGAGCCCCUGCCUGACUUGCCCUCCGGAGAGCCAGAAUUCCGCUGCACUGAGCGCAUGAUGGACCUUGGCCUUUCUGAGGACCACUUCUCCCGCCCUGUGGGUCUCUUCCUGGCCUCUGACAUCCAGCAGCUGCGGCAGGCCAUCGAGGAGUGCAAGCAGCUGAUCCUGGAGCUGCCCGAGCACUCAGAGAAGCAGAAGGAUGCCGUCGUGAGGCUCAUCCACCUCCGGCUGAAACUCCAGGAGCUGAAGGACCCUAAUGAAGACGAGCCCAACAUCCGAGUCCUCCUUGAGCACCGUUUCUACAAGGAGAAGAGCAAGAGUGUCAAGCAAACUUGUGACAAGUGUAACACCAUUAUCUGGGGGCUCAUUCAGACCUGGUACACCUGCACGGGGUGUUAUUACCGGUGUCACAGCAAGUGCUUGAACCUCAUCUCCAAGCCCUGUGUGCGCUCCAAGGUCAGCCACCAAGCCGAAUAUGAGCUGAACAUCUGCCCCGAGACAGGGCUGGACAGCCAAGAUUACCGCUGCGCGGAGUGCCGGGCGCCCAUCUCUCUGCGCGGCGUGCCCAGCGAGGCCCGGCAGUGUGACUAUACCGGCCAGUACUACUGCAGCCACUGCCACUGGAAUGACCUGGCUAUCAUCCCCGCACGAGUUGUGCACAACUGGGACUUUGAGCCGCGCAAGGUGUCCCGCUGCAGCAUGCGCUACCUGGCACUGAUGGUGUCUCGUCCGGUUCUCAGACUCCGUGAGAUCAACCCUCUGCUUUUCAACUAUGUGGAGGAGCUGGUGGAGAUCCGGAAGCUGCGUCAGGAUAUCCUGCUCAUGAAGCCGUACUUCAUCACUUGCAAGGAGGCCAUGGAAGCACGUCUGCUUCUGCAGCUCCAGGACCGGCAGCAUUUUGUGGAGAACGAUGAGAUGUACUCCAUCCAGGACCUGCUGGACGCGCACACCGGCCGCCUCAGCUGCUCGCUCACGGAGACCCACACGCUCUUCGCCAAGCACAUCAAGCUGGACUGUGAGCGGUGUCAGGCCAAGGGCUUCGUGUGCGAGCUCUGCAGAGAGGGUGACGUGCUGUUCCCCUUCGACAGCCACACGUCUGUGUGCACGGAGUGCUCUGCCGUCUUCCACAGACCUGAGAUGCAGCAGAGGCCGGAGGUUCCCAAACUUUCCUGUUCCUGGCAUCUUCAGUGUUGGGACUGCUACUAUGACAACUCUACCACGUGCCCCAAGUGUGCCCGGCUCACCUUGCGGAAGCAGUCACUCUUCCAGGAGCCCGGUCCAGAUGUGGAUGCCUAGAGCAACAGGCACCCCUUCCAAGCCUUUCUGGCAUCCAACCUGCUGGUCAUUGCCAAAGUCAAGGUGUUUCUCGUGUUCUGGAGACCCCGAGGGUGCAGCCCCUGGACCCCUCCCCUGUGCUGGGCCAGAGGGAUGUAAGCAGCACCGUGAGGACCAUCAUCUGUCUCCCGGGCAUUUGCUGGGACGUGGUGCAGCCUCAUCCAGCUUUUUCCUGGGUGUGCUGCUGGGGCCGUCUGCAGGGCUCUGUACACAAGAAGUGGGGAAGGGCUUCUCAGCUCUCCUGGGGCAGAUAGCCUUGGCAAAGCCCAAGGCUGCUGGGUUUUGGCUACUCUGAAAGCCCCCAGAGGGCUUUGGGGGAGUGGCCAACAAACCCUAGGGAUGCCGGCUACAGCGCCCAGACUUGGCCUGACAAAAAUCUUCGAUGGAUGAUUUGGACCUACCUGGAGGCUCCCAUCCCCCAGCCCCUUGUCUGCUUGGAGACUUCUAGUUGUCUGUGGCUGGGGCUGUUCCCAACUGUCUCCCGAGGGUUCUGCCUCUGCCUCUUGAGGUUCUCUCUCUAGGUUGUCCUCUGACAGGACCCAUCCAGGGGUUACGAGUUCUGUACAACAUGCGGGGAAGGGGCCACAGUCUCUCCCCACUGGGUGGACCAGCCACUCCUCCUGCCGUUGCUCAGCCCAGCUUACCUUGGUGCUCCAGGCUGGGUGGCUAGGGGUCCUGCUGGAAGAGGCUGUCCUGCUUCCCAGUUUGGAAGCAGGGACUGUGUCCCUGGCAGGGAGGGGCGGGUGGUUUCCUAGGUUAGGCAACAGGGUUGGCUGCAGUAGGCCUAUGUGGCUUUUCUGGGAACCCUUUGUCGGAGGAGCUCUGUGCUGCUGCCACAGUGCCUGCGGGGGCUCUGGACAUGAGACCACCAGCCAGUGGUCUUUUGUUUGGGGGCCUGAGGUACUGGGAAUAUUUGCUCAAGGGAGCUUUGGGCAGGAAUCUUAGAGCUCCUGCAGGAAGCCUGGAGCGUGGGCUGUGAAAGGUCCUGUACACCCGCUGACAAGUGGAAACCCGGACAGAGGGCAAGAACCCAUAGCCCUUCACCGGUGCAGCCCCAGUCAGCCUCUGUAUUUGCAGGGACGUUUUGUGCUUUAGAGACCCUGCCAUUGACGGGGGAGUCCUGUGGGAAGGGGACAGUUCAGGAUAUGGCUUUCCAGUCUUCUGUGUCCUCUUGCCCAGACUGGUCAGCAGUUGAUGCACAUGGUUGACACACAUAUGGGGUGGGGGUGGGGUGGGCAGGGAACAUAGCCACGUGGUUAUCCAUCACCUCUGACUAGGAAGCCCGGAGGAGAUGCAUCGGCCAGCAGAAAGGUCAGCUUAGCCUGCUGGAGGAUGAGAGUGGGGGCUAAAGACCGUGUCUCCUCCCCCUCGCUCCUCUGCACCAUCAGAAAAACCUCAGUUGGUGGCUUUAGGGAGUCCUCUCACUGUGUGUUCUGACCUGCCUUGGGGUGACAGUGAGAAGCAAACCCUGGUGAGGUGGGGUCAACAGCAGGUCCCUCCCCUGCUUUCCCUUCCUCUCUAGGGAUGAAGAGGGGCUUAAGGGCCAAAUGCCCUUUUCCUACACCCACAGAUCCACACAUUUCUCCCCACUGCUUUCCAUUUCUGUCGUAAGGAUACUGGCCAUUCCUGGCUUUACUGUGUAAUGAAUGUCACAUUAUUCUAGUUAUAAUCACUGUGUCCAUAGAAAGCGUUAAUAAGCUGGCAUCUGCUGGACAAAGAGUUGGCUCCCUUUUUAACAACCCCCAUCACCUCCUCCCCCAAUAUCUCCAUCUUCCUCUUCUGGAUGACAGAGUCUAAACAAAAUCAUGUGUGGGUCUUGGAGUCCACAGCACUACGGCAAGAACCCACCAAAGAACUAGUCUGCAUGGCCAGCACUUCACAGAAGAGCAGCAAGGGACACCCAGUGGUAUUGACACCAUGGCCACUGUCUCAUGCAGUCUAUGUUCUCCGACCCUGGGGGGUGUGGUGGAUGAGGGACAAGACAGGCUCUGUUGACAUGCAGCCCAUCUGCAGGCUUAGGGAAAGCCCACAGCCUCCCUCAUCCAAAUGUAAUUUGGUUUGGGGAGUUUGUGAUAAGUAUCAGACAGAAGGCUGUGUGUGGAUUCCCCUCAGCUCCAUUUCUAUGAAAGAUGAAAACAUACCUUGGGGGUGUUUAGGUCCUAGGAAGCACUGAGCACUGAGCCUGGCAUGCAGAGAUGCUCAGUAAGUAGAAACUGUGUCUUCUGGGGGCAACUGGGGGGCACAAUUGGUUGAGCGUUCAACUUCGGCUCAAGUCAUGAUCUUGUGGUUGAUGAGUUUGAGGCCCACAUCAGGCUCAGUGCUGG